GUCGAUUGUAACCCUGCAAAGAUCGAUGAUGGCGCCGUAAUGUGUGUACAUGUUAACAAAAAGGUCUUCAACUCAAGACUUCUUGGCUCCGAUACCACGAUAAAUUUAUAUGCACCAAACCCGAAGCUUAAUCCCGUGAGAAAGCCAUCAAGCAGCUGGAGCUAGGAUCAUAUCAUCAUCAUCAUCAUCAUCCAAUGCUUCCAUCAUCCAUGGCGAGGAAGCGCAAGGCCUCCGACGCCGACAUCGACAUCGCCGCCGUGAUCUCAAAUAAUAAUAACCGGUCACCGCCGCUUCUCCCUCUCCCUUUACCACCGCCACCGUCAUCGACGGUGGACGCCUGGACGACAUCGUCAGCUAGGCAGCAGCAGCAGCAGCAGAGGGGCCGGAAGCGGUUCGUCGGCGUCCGGCAGCGGCCUUCGGGGCGGUGGGUGGCGGAGAUCAAGGACACGAUCCAGAAGAUCCGCGUGUGGCUCGGCACCUUCGACACCGCCGAGGAGGCCGCCAGGGCCUACGACGAGGCCGCCUGCCUCCUCCGUGGCGCCAACACGCGCACCAACUUCUGGCCACGCCCCUCGCCGCCGCCCAUCGCCGCCGUGCAGCAGCUUCAGGUCCAGCAGCAGCAGCAGCCGGCGCCGGCCAUGGCGCCGGCGUUGCCGUCCAAGGUCUCCAACCUGCUCCUCCUCCGCCUCAAGGCCCGCAACAACCAGCAGCAGCAGCAGCUCCUCCUCGACGCCUCCACCGCGCCGCCGCUGCAUCACCAGCAGCAGAAGCAGGAAGCUUAUGGCCAUGGCGGACGCGACGAGGAGUACGGCGGCUUCCACGUGGACGACUUCUUGAGCGACGAGUGCAACAACGACUCGCCGGAAAUGGAGGAAGAAGGAGAAGAUGAAGAAGAAGAAGAGGAAGAGCUAGACUUUCAGUUCAUGGACGCCCCAUCUCUGUCGUCGACGGCGGCGGCGGCUGACAGCGAUCUCUGCUCCCCUUUCGAGAUGCUCGGUGGCACGGUGCCGGUGGAGGCGGCUGACCAUGACGGCCACGGCCAUGGCGACGGCGGCUGUGACGGCGAGCCAGUGUCGGCGGUGCAGGAGGCGAUGAGGAGGAUGGACUACGAGAGGAAGAUCUCCGCGUCGCUCUACGCGCUCAGCGGCGUGCCCGAGUGCCUCAGGAUGCGCCUUGGCACCGGCACCGGCGUCGCCGCCGCGCGUGAGCAGCUCUCCGGCCUCCGGGAGGCGUGCCGGAAGAAGCAGCAACUGGCGGUGCAAGAACCAGCUGCUCCUGCUGCUGCUGCAGAGGAUGAUGGUAAAGCUUCAGGCCAAGAGGAGUAUUCAGGCAGCAGCAGCAGCAAUAGCGCGCCAGAGGCGGCGAGCUCAUCGUCGUCGACAGAGGAAAACGGCGGCGACGGCGAUGUGCUGCUGUGGAGCUCCCUGGAUCUGGCACCAAUCUGCUACAUGACAUAGGUUUAUUUUGAUUCUGAUCACCUUGAAUUGUUGCUGAGGUUCAUGGUUAUUUGCAGCUUAGGUUGUGUGUGGUAUUCGUUGUAUGUUACUACAUGCAUGGCAGAUGGCUCAUAUGAGAAGCCCCCCUGGCCAUGACUUGCUUGAUUACCAAUUUAUUUUGAGAAAACAGCUUAAUAACGGCAGAAGCAAACUUUCAUGGCCCUCUGGGCCCACAUGCCAGUCGGUCAGCAAGCAGCAGAAAUUUUUGCGAGGAUUUCUCCGUUGGGAAGUUUCAGAACAUUCAGAGUUCAAGUAUAAUGGAGAACUCAUUCUGAUACCGGCUAAUGCCUUCUAAGGUUGCCAACCUGUUCACAUAUGGUUCCGUGUUCUUUCAUGUGUUUUCUAGCUUGGACUUUGAAUUCUUCAAGUUCUAUGAUGAAUGAAUGAAUCAAGUCAGUUCUCUGGGCUAUAGGGCCUUUGAUCAUAAGAAAAAGGAAGAAAAAA